AUGCAAGUAGAUAGACCGCCACCACCAAAUGUUUCAGAACAACAAUAUAUUUGGUUGAGUAUUUUGGCAACAAAAUGUUACUUUUGUGACGCUGAAGUUAAAAAUAAUGAAGCAUUGAGAUGGGAAUUUAAAAUAUUAAUUUGUGAAAGUUGUUUAGUAGAAAAAACAAUUAGCUUUGAAGAUCUUAAAAAAACAGAUAGGUAUCCAGAUGAAAUGUUUCGAUGUUUACCAUAUGUUGAACACAUAAAACAUCCUAGUAUUAAUCAGAGCUUCUUGCCACCAAGGCUUACUUUUACUGAUAUCAAUGUUGAUAAUGACAGUAAAGAUGCAGCUAAUAAUAGUGAUAUUUUUAUAAAUGAAAAUUCUUAUUUCUUGGAGAAAGACGUAAAUAAAUUUCUUGAAGAAUAUAAUAAUUUUACUGUAUCAUUACUAAGAGAUGAAUGUAUUGAAGAAAAGAAAAAAAGUUUAAGAGAGUAUAUGAAGGCAAUACAAGAAAGGAAAAAAGAGGAGGCACGAAAAUUAACAAAAGAAAUAGUAUUUUAUCAUAUUGGUCGCAUGGGAGGAAGAUUACAAUGA